UUACAAUACAGGAAGCAUCAUGUGUCUACGUGCCUGUCACCUCGUAAACCCUUGCGUACUGUCCUACAUCAGUUUGUCUCCUGCUGUGCAGGACUCAGACUUCAGGAAGCUCUGAAGCAGCAGGUGUUUUGAGUAUUUUGGAAACAUGUCUGGAUUCCUCCAGUUGUUGAAGAAGAGGAAGGAGCUGAUCCCUCUGGUGGGAUUCAUGGCGUUCGCAGCAACAGGAGCCACAUCUGCUUCCCUCUACUUUCUGUUCAACAAAACCGAUGUGAUUUUAAACAAGACAGAAAACCCAGAACCAUGGGAAAGAGUGGACCCAUCAAAGCCCCAAAAGCUAAUCACCAUCAAUCAGCAAUGGAAACCAGUGGAAACUCUGGAAAUGGUGAAGUCCAUGACCAAAUAAAGAAAGAAGAGCCAGUAUCAUCUCUGAAGACGUUGAGUCUUGACCACUUGCCAGGCCCCCUCAUCAGUCUAGCAGAAUCCUUUCUGCACAAACUGGGACGCUUUGACACUCAGUGUGCGGAAACGCUUCUGCUCAACUGGUGGGGUCUCACUCUGCUCUGUAGCGGCAACACGAGGACAUCUAAUCACAUCGACAGAAAAAAGAAAUGUCUGAGAUUAGGACGGGUCAUUUGUUUUUGUUUUUUGUCUUUUUGCCUAGCCAGAGCUGGAGAGAUUAAUUUUUACUUUAUCAGCUGUGGUUCGACUUCAUUGGUGUCUAAAUAUAAAAAGACACAAGCCCAGAGUACUGUACUGCAUAUUGUCAAUAAAGUUGAGCUUUUUUGUGCCUUAGAAGACCAGAUGGUUUCUGUUUCCAUGUAAUGCACUCAUGAUUAAAGGUAACGUUCCAGGUCUGGUCAGAAGUUACUAUGAAGUAGUCCUCAACAGGAAUGUUAUUUUAAUUUGGGGCAUUUUGAUUUAUGCUAUUCUGUUCAUGUUGAACUCAUUAAACAACGAAAGGAAUUUUAAAAAUGCACAACUUUAAAUUCUUUGCCGAACUUGUCUUGGCGAAUCGAUGUUAUUAUAUUUAUGGCUUCGAGCAAAUGCAUACAACCUAUUCAAUAUUUAAUUAAAUGCCCCUCAGAAAGUUGAAGAGAAAUGUGAGCUUUGUAGCCAUCAACAGAAUUCUGUCAGAAUAUUUAAUGUUCUUACUGGAAUUGGUCGAUUUGAGUUAUCGCACUGUCAAUGUGACGAACGAGGUAUAACUCAUUAUGCUGUGCGGCAGUGGAACAACUACACAUUGCGGUGUUUAGGAAUAUUAUUGUUAUUAUGUACAUUGAAAGUGAUGUCAAAAUGACAAUAUCUUUGUUCAUCGCGAUAAUUUCGGAGACAGUUUAUUGUCUUGCAAAAUGUGUUACCCUGACUAAAGACUUCCCAGGAGUUCUGCACUUCAGUUCUUGUAAAACAUGAAAUGUCCCGGACAGACAGAACUUUGUUGUUGUGCUUGUCCUGCCCAAGGCUUUGACCAGUUUUCUUUCAUAUUAGGGUUAAAACCUGUUCACUGUUGGCCGUUUUAACAGAAAAUUGAUCCCAAGCAGCGCUCAAAAGUGGUUUUGCAAUAAAGCUGGCUAAAAUUAA